AUGGAUAACAUUUUUAGUGGCACAAGUGGUCGCGUUGGCGAAUCUGGAGAAAUCUUUGGGGCAGAUCAAUGGCCUUUUGGUUAUUCUGCUGCUUUGCAAUCUUUGGAUGUUCCUCCAAACCCCCAGAGGGCCGCAAAGAAGAAAAACGUGUCCAGGAGAGGAACUGCAUUCACCAAAGAGGACUUGGUGGUGUGUUCGGCAUUUCUGAAUAUUAGCAAAGACCCUAUUACUGGUACGAAUCAGACUUCAGGUGGUUAUUACAAGAGGAUGCAUGAUUAUUUCAAUGAGCAUAAGCCUGAAGGGUCCAACCGUAGCCAGAUUGCAAUUCAGCAUAGGUGGGCAUUGAUUCAGAAAGCGAUGAACAAGUUCUGUGGGCACAAAGAAGCUAUUGAUAGGCUGAAUGAGAGCGGAAAAAAUGAGCAGGAUCGGAUUGAUGAUGCUGUACAAAUGUACGAGAGGACAGAACCUUUUACCAUCAUGCAUUCUUUGAAAAAACUUAGCAAUGAGGCCAAAUGGAACAAUAAGUUUCUUGAGCUAAACAAGCAGACAUCACCGGAUGGAAUGUCAUCUCCAACUCAAAGCCAUAGUGUGGCUGGCCAUGCAGAAUCUGGGAAUGAGAAUAUAGACACAUCAUGUCUUGAGGGUAGGGAUAGUGCGAAGAGGCGUAGAUCAAAGAGCUUCACAGAGACAUCGUCAUCUAGUACAGCUGUUGAAGUCCUCCAGCGGUUGCAGGAGAAAUCAGAGAAGACCGAACAGAAGCAAGAUCAGCAAAUGACUGAAAUCCUUAGUAGGAAGGAUGAAAAAAUUAGAAUUCAAAAGGAUCUUUUCAACCUUCAGAAGAAGCAUAUGAAGAUGAGUGUACAACAGAAAAAGAAGGAAAAUGCGAUUAGAGAGGAGUCAGAGGCUCACCUGAUAUCAGCUGAGUCUAGUAUUAUGUCAGUUGACAUUGAGAAGGUCCCCCUUUAUCUGAAAAACUAUUAUCCGGGCAUGCAGCGGCAAAUCAUGGAGCGCAGAGGAUUCAUCAGCCCCUCGAACAAUGAAGACUAA